UUUCGCGAUUCGAGGGCCCACCGGGAAAACCCAGUGAAAUCGAGUGUGCCCAUCGAUUUACGUGAAAGAAAGAGGCACCCAUGUCCGUGUCGUGUGUCUUGUCGGGGUGUUGGUGUUGUGUGCGGUGGCUGAAUUGUGCAUGGUACAUACGUGCGUGCAUGCGUGCCGGUACAAUGCAACGCGUUUACCUCGCGCAACAUACAAUCUGUCGAUCCUAGAUCCUGUCGCCUAGAGUGAAAAAACCACCCAAUUGUUCGUGUUCGCCGAGAGUGAAAUAUUUAGGCGUCUGUAUAGAGAAUCGCGCGAGUAACUUGGAAAUCUUUUGAAUAGGUGCACGUUGUUCCGCGUGUCGGCACACGCGGCUCGCGCGUUAUCGAUAUGAUACCAUCCAGGUGCGGGAACUACAUCCCUGCUUCGCUGUUUCGUUUGUGUGUGUGCGUGCAGUUUCACGGGGUUAGAUGUCUUCUUCUUUCCACGCUUUGCACGUUGAGCGUGCAUAGGCGUGUGCACGCGCGAACGCACCGUCAUUGAUGUAUGUAUGCAUACGCGCGGUCCGUGUGUAUUUUCUACGGGUGUACAUGCGCGGGUUGGUUAACGUGUCUCUCUUCGUGUAUAUGCGUGCUCCCGUGCGGUACGUAUACGCACACUGCAUGCCAUCGGAAUUUACGAAAAAGCACGCGAACUCUCCGUUCUGCUACGACGCCUGUCGGAUAAGGAAAUCGAAACACACAGUAUUACACUCGCAUGCCCAUCGCUCUCCUCGUGGGUAACAUCGGCUAUGAAACACCUACAGUGUUAUUUCUUACAUGGUGCUUCUGUGAAAACCAAAUUGGAAAUACUUGCAAUAGCAUAUUACAAGGAAGAAAAAUUAAAACUCCUAACAUAUAUAAUUUAUUGAGUAAUCAUCAGUUUGAUCAGAGUACGCAGAAUAUUAGAAAACAAAGCACAGAUAUUCCAGAUCUGCAUUAUGGUGUGACUUGUCAAAACACAUGGGCUGUUCCCAGCAAUGGGCCAUUCAUACUUGAAGUCGCGCCAAAAUGGGCGCCAUCAAAUAAUUUCAUGCAGUGGGAUUAUAUACAAGAAUUGGUAGCACAUGGUGGUAUGCCAGAUAUACAUGGUUUAUGUCAGAAGGAGGAAAAUAUAGGUGUGUCAAACAUAAACUCGCCAUAUGUUAAUCAAUUUACAAACUUCUUACAACCGAUAAACACCAGGAAAACAGCAAAUUCUGAUACACAAGAAGGAACAUUUGAUAUAUGUUUAUCAGAAUUUUCAGAACCUAAGUUUAAGAAUCACAAGGAAAGUUAUAGUACCUAUCAAAGUGAUGGUAGUGAGAUAAUAACAACUAAUUUACCAAAAACUAAGAAAGUAACAGCUGAAACAAAAACAGAAAUUCAUCAUCAUAAUAGAGGUCGUUGUUGUUAUUUGUCAGAACAUCUAAAUACUACACACAACAUUGCACAGUACAACGCUUUAUCAGACAUUUUGGAACGGUAUAGAAAUACCUAUAACCUUCUUUGUGCUUCUGAGGAAGACAAACAGCUUAAUUCAACAAAACGCUUAAAAAACAGUAAAGACUGUUAUAACACGCAAAGAGAAGAGAAGAAAGAACUGUGCAAUUUCUCAGACACAAAAGCAUUUUUGAAGAAUUGUGCCCUCUCAAAACGAUCAAAUCAUUCCUGUAACAUAGAAACCUGCUAUUGUACAAAGUACAAGGAUAUAGAUUACGGUUUAUUAAAAUUUUCAGAUUUAGGAAGUUUAUCUCAUAAUUUUGAUAAACACUUGAAGAGUGAAAAUUCUUUUGCUCUUGAUAAAUAUUUGAAUUGUAAAACCUCGUUGCUUUUAUGUGAGAAAAAAGAUACAGACUUUUCUUUUACACAUUUGCCACUGAAUGUUAAAGAUACUAAUUUUAAAAGUGAAUCUUCUACAGAGGAACAUACAAAUAAGUCAAAGAACAUCUAUUUUGCAACUGAUUGCAAACCAAUAUUAAGUAAUUGGGAGGAUUUCGAAAUGUCAGGACAGUAUCCAGGUCAUAGCCGACCUCCGGUUGGCACACCUCCACCACAAACAGUCUGGACUCAUCUUACAAUGACGCAAGGUCAAGUUUCAGGCUUGAAUAUUCAUCCAACAGCACUGUCAGGUGCUGCCCUAAGUCCUGCUGGGUUUUAUACACAUCCAUCUAUGGCAAGGGCAUCUCAUAUAACAUCACAACUUACGCCCCAGCUUGCGCAUACUCAAGCACCUCCAACGUGGCAUACACCAACAGUCCCAUCAAAAACUGUUACCCCAGCCAAUGCACCAGGAAAUCCUUUGUUUAGUUUACAAAUGCUGGUAGAUAAUAGGCAGAAUCAAAGUCAGUAUAGGAAUUCGCCGGGUUCGCAAAGCACGUUAGAUUUAUCUUCUACAUCUGAAAUUAUCCCUGAAAAUUACUCACGAAUACCUCAAGAUAUUCCAAUAAGUUUGACUGCAAGAAAUGUAGAUAAGAGUAGUAGGAAUGGAAAUAUAAUUUCUCCGCCGAUACCUUUAAAUGGAGAAACUUCGUCGGAUAGCGGAAUUAGUUCGUCAGUUCCAACGCCUAAUUCUGUCAGUGAGCCAGUGUCUCUUUCAACUAAAGAAGUUACAACACCUAAAAUAACGGUAAAAAACUUUGAAAGCAAUUUAAAAGGUGUGGCAAAUCUUCACGAUAAGAUUAAGGAAAUCAGUGUAGAUACUUUUACGCAAAAAGUUAUAAAUUUACCACCUAGCGUAACAAUCGAAAGGGUAGUUCCAGACAAAAAGGAACCCGAAGUUACAAAGAAUAAAGAUACGUUAAGUGUUAUUGCGCAAAUGCCAAGAAAUGUUUUACCUGUUAUUGUAAAUCUUACCUCUAAAGUGGACAAGGAUAUAACAGAUAGUCCAAAAAGAGAAUCGUCUAUAGAACGAGAUCGAAAAGUUGACGAAACAAACGUAAGGUCACCCAAAAAUUUGCCAAAAAGAGGUAAAAAGGGUGUAGAUUCUUUGUUAGAGAAAUUGGAAGGUGGAAAUAAAAAACUUGGCAGUGCUGAAAAUAUUGGGUCUGUUAUUGUGAUGCCGGUGGAAGAAAAAGAUACAUCCAGUGUUAAAAGUAUGUCCCCGGAUAGACAAAAGUCGAAAUCCCCGAAUAGAGAAGAGGAGGUAGUAUCUCCAGCAUUCAGCAAUGACGAUUCUAACGAUAAUACUAAACAACGCAGGAAAAGAAAAUUAGAGAAGCCUGUACGGCUUAGUAAAGAUUCCAAAACGGAAGUAGAAGAUAUGGAGUUAGAGCCUACAGAACCAACAGAACCUAGAACAAGUGAACCAAUGUCGGAGGAAACAACUUCGGUUGUAAAAUUAGAAGAACAUGGCGAUACGGUGGAACAAAGAAUACCUGAAAAAGUAGAAGAAAGCAUAGAAGAAAGAAGCGAAGAAAAUCAACCAAUUAGAAGGCGGAGAAGUAGUGAAAGUACACCUCCUAGUUCAACUCCUUCGAAUCAGAGGGUUCGGAGAAAAUCCAGUGACGACGCCACAGAAUUUUCAAAAGUAACAAGUCCAAAAGGUGUAAAUAAUACAAAUCCGUUUAACGAAGUCGAAUCAGAACUUGAAAAAAUGUUUGCUGGUAUUGUCGAGACAGAGAACGAUGUCAAAAAAGUAGAAUCAAAAACAGAACUUACAGAACCUGAGCUUCAAGCUGGCAGCACAACAAAAACUGAAAAUUUAGGAAAUAGCAUUCUGCAUACAAAAACAUUACAAAAUAUAAAUCCUACCGAUGUUUCAUCUACGGUCGAUACAAAAUUAUCUGGGAAAAAGGGGAAAAAAGCCAAAGUUCAAGGAGGUAAACGAAAAAUGUCAAGAUCUUCCGAAAAUAUUUUUGGAACUAUAAAUAAUGACGUACCACAAAAGGAAAUUAAAAAGAGAAAAAUGUCUAAAAGUUUCAAAAAACAAAAUGUUUCGAAAAAAACAAAGAAGAAUACAAAAAUAGAUGGAUUAAGAGAAAUGGCAUAUGACUCGGGAUCAAACGCGAGUUCUAUUAGAUCUCGUGGACCAGUAGUUCAUGUUGAAGGUCCAAGGGACAGUCCACUAAGUAUUCAGGUAGUUAAUGCACCAAGGGAAGAAGAAGAGGAAAAAAAUAAAGAAAAGCGGAAGAAUGUUGGAAAUGGUAGUGCAGGGAGAAGCAAGAGACUCAGUCAUCAAAACGAUUUGGACUAUAGAGGUAAAGUCAGUAGAGCGGGUCUCUUCAGUUCAACAUUAUCUUCGCGUUACGAUGCACAUACAACAGAUUCUACAUGGGUUUGCGUAUUUUGUAAACAAGGUCCUCAUUCUGUUAUACCUGGGGAUCCUUCGCGACCACAUCCUAAUUUGGCUGGGCCUCACAUAGCACCUGGAACGUAUACUGUUCCAGCGGGUGUCUUAAGUGAUUUAUUUGGACCGUAUUUAAUUGGUAAAGAACGUUUGGAAGAUGGAAUUCUUUCAGCUGAUGAACAAGAGAUUACUAUAGAACAGAAAAAAGGUGGUAAGAAUAAAAGAAGUUUGCGGUAUGCUGGACUAGCUGAUCAGUUCACUGCGAAAAUGGGUAAAAAGAAACGAAAUUCUGUUGAAAGUAAUACUAAUGUCAUUUUUACGGGAAUGACUGUACUCCCAGGAGAGGAACAACGUUGGGAAGUUUGGCUUCAUGAACAGUGUGCCAUUUGGGCAGCUGGAGUAUAUAUGGCAGGUGGGCGAGUAACAGGUUUACAAGAAGCAGUGUGGGAUGCAGCGAAGUCGAUAUGUGACUCUUGUGGCUUAACAGGAGCAAAUAUUGGCUGUGUUAAGCGAGGUUGUAAAGCUGUUACACAUUAUCCUUGUGCACUAACAAAAGGUUGGCACUUGGAUACUAAUCAGUAUAUACCGAAGUGCAACCUCCAUCGAGUUACGUGAAACUUCGCAUUUAACAGUUUCGAGACUUUUUGAAAUUACGCUUUUUGCAUCAUUUGAUGCAUAAGUGUGUUUGAAGUGUGAAAGUAUAAAUGUCAGGACAGAUAUAUGGUAAUUUGCAUACACAAAAUAUCAAUAUGCUCGACAGAAAUACCUUCCAAUGUACAAGAUGUUCGAACGAGAAUGCUGUUGUUGUCUUUAAGAAUUACAAACGAAAAUGGAAAUUAACGGAGAUGAAGAAAUGGAAGUUCUUCUCGUUAAUUAAAUUUAAUUAAUUUUCUUGGCCUGUGGCCUUGAACAGUGGCCUUUUCGACCUAAUAUAAAAGCAAGAUUUUUUAAUUUAAAAUUUGUAGUAUAGACGAGUCGUUGCUGAGGAACAAUGUUAAUCAAAAAAGUAUUUGCUUUUUUACUCAUAUUUAAGAAAAAUUGAAACGUUACAAAUUUUCCCCUAAAACAUCAUGUACGCAGGAAUAAAAUAUAGGGCAUAUUGUACCAAAAUUUGAAGAAAAAAUCAGAAUUUGGCAGAAGUGUGAGAAGCAUAAUUUCCGUUAGGAAUUUUAUGCAUGUAUAUAAAAUGGGAUGGAUUAUUAAUCAUUUAAAUUGGUGGAAUUUGAACACUAUUGACACUUUACAUAAGAAGUGUGAAUAAGAAACAUAUAGACAAGUGUUCUCCUGUGAAUGUAAGAAAUCACCUGUAAAUAACAAAGUUCUUAUGUGAGAAAAUGACUAUUAUAUUAUUAUACAAUUCCAAUGAUACUACAAGACAUUCUUCCGUUUUUAAAAAUCAUGCUAUUUUAGUAAGCAUGUGUAGUUAUGUUCUUUAUUGCGCGAAAAUACAUUUAGUGUAACGAUACUUAUUUCUAUUAUACUUUUUUGGAGAUUAUUUGUGACAUAUAAAUCUGAUAUAGGUGUAAAUAAAUAGAUUUUCGCUCAUAUAA